AUGGCUGAGGCGAUGGUGGUUUGCGAUGGGGUGAGGCAUUUAGGGUUGGCGAUGGGGUUGGGGUUUGUUGCAAUGGCUCUGUUUCAAAUUGGAUGGGGUGUGCGAUGGAGUUUGUUGAAAUCUGAUGGGGUGUGCGAUGGGGUGAGUAUGCAAGAGGAGGGAAUUUUCGAUGGGGUGGGGCUUGAUAUGGGAUGA